UCAGAAGAAGAAGAAGAUCCGAGCUCUCCGACUCUACUAAUCAUCUUUACAUUCAAAUAUUUCUGACAGGGUUUUACCUCCACAGUUCCAUCUGAUCCGUUGUGGUGUAUUUCAGGUGCUUAACUGUGUUCUGCUGGAAAGAUCAAGGUUGUCUCCUGCUCCGGCUUUGGUGGCUCUGCAGCUGUGGGACUGGUUUAGUGAUUCGAAGGUCAGAAGUUUUACCAGCCUGCCACUGUUCUGCCCCGAACAAGGCUCUUGACCCUCUCUGCUCCGGCCUGUCAUGCACUCUGACCCAUAAGAACUUCAGACAAGCAUAUCCAUUGGGGAAUCUGAUACUCACCAGAAGGUCACAAAAAUGUCAUCUGAUUCUCUGCAUUUAUCAUAUACUGGUGUUAAUGUGGACAGAGAAGUUCACCAGUGCUCACUGUGUGGGAAGAGUUUCAGUAAAAAGAGUUAUCUCAGAAAACACCAGAUUGUUCAUGUAAAAGAGAAGCCGUAUCACUGCUCACAGUGUGGGAAGAGUUUCAGUAAAAACAGUUAUCUCAGAAAUCACCAGUCUGUUCAUGCAGAAGAGAAGCCGUAUCACUGCUUACAGUGUGGGAAAAGUUACCCUGAAAUGAGUAAGCUCAAGAGACACCAGCGUGUUCAUGCAGAAGAGAAGCCACAUCACUGCUCACAGUGUGGGAAGAGCUUCUAUCAAAAGAAUAAGCUCAAGAAACAUCAACUUGUUCACACAAAAGAGAAGCCAUACCACUGUUUAGAGUGUGGGAAAGGUUUUAGUGAAAACAGGAAGUUCAAAAUACACAUGCGUAUGCACACAGGUGAGAAUUUGUAUUACUGUUUAGAGUGUGGUAAAAGCUUUAAUUACCAAACUAAUCUCCAGCGACACCAGCGCAUUCACUCAGGGGAGAAACCAUAUCAGUGCAAUGAAUGUGGGAUGAGUUUUACACAAAGCAAUCAUCUCCAAAAGCACCAAUACGUUCACACUGGGGAGAAGCCGUUUCACUGUUCACAGUGUGGAAAACAAUUUAGUCAAAAGGUUGCUCUCCAAGCCCACCAGCGCAUUCACACAGGAGAAAAGCCUCAUCAAUGCAUAGACUGUGGAAAAGCUUUUAGUGAGAAGAUCCGUCUCAUAAAACAUCAGCGUCUUCACACAGGAGAUAAACCACAUAAGUGCUUAGAGUGUGGAAAAGCUUUUAGUGAGAUCAGUCGCUUAGUAAAACACCAGCUUACUCACGUCAGUGAGAAACCAUAUCAGUGCUCGCAAUGUGGGAAGGGUUUUAUGCAAAACAGUUCUCUUCAGCAACAUCUCCAGAUUCAUACAGGAGAGAAGCCAUAUCACUGCUCAGAGUGUGGAAAGGAUUUUAGACAUAAGUGUAAUUUCCAACAGCACCAACUAAUUCACACUGGAGAGAAGCCUUAUCACUGUUCAGUGUGUGCAAGGAGUUUUAGGCAAAGAAAUAGUCUCAUCCAGCACCAGCGCAUUCACACAGGAGACAGAUACAUCUGCUCAGAAUGUGGGAAGAGUUUUACACAAAAGUAUUCUCUUCAUGUUCACCAGCGCAUUCACACUGGACAGAAAGCGUAUUUCUGCUCAGUGUGUGGUAAGAGUUUUAGCACACACACAACUUUUCAAAGACACACGCACGCUAACACAGAUGAGAAUGAAAACGCGUUGCAGUUUUCACCAGAAAGUGCUGAAAGCAACUAGUUUUAUUUUAAACAUUUUAUUCACAAUUCAAAGUCAUUUUGUACAUUUUUUAAAUAUUCCAUGCUACAGUAUUUACAAGACAAGCAAGCUAAACCUAUAAGCCAGGCUACAUCAUAACAAUUUGCCCUGCUGACUAACUAUGGAAGCAUUUGUUUUUGGACAGCCCUACACAGGGUUUGGUUAGUUUUGAAGUUUGUUGUUUGUUAGUUUAUGUUGAUUAAUUCUAUUCCCUAACCUGUUUAUUGUCCUGUCAGGCACAAGGGAACCAGUCUCAAAAGAGAACUGUGUACAAUAUGGUGCAGCUGUUUAACAAGAAAGCCUUCAUGUUAUAACUAGAAUGACGCUCUUUGUUAAAGUUAUCAACUGUUCACUGUUGGAGACUUUGGCGAGAAACGUAUCAGUUGCAGUCCAACAGUCCAAAGUCAUCUCCAUGUUUCCUAAGUGCUUUUCUUAACAGCAGCCCCAUGUAUCUCUGGCCUCCAUUGCCCCUUUUCAACCGGAAAGAACCGGGUGAUGGUUCAGAGCUAGCGCUGGUGCUGGUUCAAAGUUGGUUACACCGGUGAACCUUCUAAGAACCGGUUUGUCUUUCCACCGGCUAGAGAGCCAUCACAGAGCCGAGUGUGACGUCACUGUAUACGUGUCACUUUACACAGCAACGUUAGCGCAGCAGCGGCAGACACAAACACAACAUCAACAAUGGCGGAUGUUGCUUUACUGUUAAUGCUCAUGGCUUUGCGAACCUACAUUGGCAUCCAAACUUGGCGAAUAAAACGUGUAUGUGUAGCUCCAUGUAAUCUGUAUAAAUGGAGGUUGUAAUCGAGAAAGUACAUAGCGUUAUUUUAUCCUUAACACAGAAAAAAGUUAGCCUUAGCAUGUAGCUACCUACUAUCAUGUGUGCUGAUAAUGUAUCAUAUUGCGGUAAAGUAAAAGUGUAUUAAACAUUAGUAUACUUAAGGUAUAUUAUCAAAUGCGCUAACAGUAUCCCCGCCCACAGCCCCUGACACAAGCGGUUCUUAAGUCUAGACCAGCCUUUAAUAGAGAGCAUUCCUGGUUCAGAGCCGGUGCUUUGGCUGUCGAAACAGAAAGAACUGGUUCUAAAUUAGGCUUUGGCUCCAAACCAGCACUCAAACUGCCUCGGUGGAAAAGGGGAACAUGUGGAGCAUCUCAGCAGCAGUGAGCACCAACAAGUGAUGAGACUUCAACCAGAAGUAAAGCAGGAUGAUCAGGUGAUCCAGAAAGCUAUAGCAGUUGGGACACUGGUGAGCAGGCUGGCUCACUACACAUUGGGACAUCGAUGAAUCAAUGUAAAGUUUGUUAUGAAAAAUAUUUGGAUUAUUCUGUUAUGUAUCUUUGUAACAUUUUAACUAAAUAUUAAAAAUUCACUACCUUUCAGGUGAAGUGUUUAUGCUUAUAUAAUAUACAAUUAAAAAGUACAUAAUAUAAUUAAA